AAAGAAAGUAGAAACAAGACAAGAAUUUGACACACACACACACACACACAGUCAACUGAAACUCCACUCUGAAAUGGACAGCCCCAAACCACCAGCAUCACCACCUCCACCUGCAACGACCACGGCCCCCGGCAACCACCAUGCACUGGAUAACCUCAAAUCACUGCUAAUGAAGUGCGCCAUAGCCUCAACCCCAGCUAAAUCACUCACCCUUCCACAGAAAACUUUCAUCGAAAAGCGCAUUCAAGAUUUCUUUCCCACUAUUCACACCCCUGAUCACCCACCUUAUGCUUGGAUGAUUGAGAAUGCAAUUAAACAGAUGAAUGAAGAAGGCGGUUCCAAUGAGGAGGCAAUAUCCAAGUUUAUUUUAGAAGAAUACCAUGACUUGCCUUGGUCUCAUGCUGCUUUACUUAAGGACCAUCUGAAGCAGCUCUCUGAAAGUGGUAAUCUUGUUGAGGUUCAUGGUGGGUGUUAUUUGAUUGGUAAAGCAAGCAUCACACUGAAUCGCACUUCUAAACGUACUCCAACCCUUACGUAUAUGAAUAGCCCAAGCCCUAGCCUUAGCCUUAGCUACAGCCCCAGCCCCAGCCCCAGCCCCAGCCUCAGCUCCAGCUCCAGCUCCACAUAUGAAUCUAGUUCCUCAUCUAGCUCUAGUAGUUUUAGCCUUAAGGGGAAAGGAAGAAAGAGGAAGAAAAAGAAUCAUAAGAGGAAAUGGAGUCAAAGACGGAAACAAAGUGCUAGAGGAAUAAAGAUUCAUCAUAAGCAUAAAGAAGUCCGAAGGCGGGGUCGGGGUCGGGGUCGGGGCCGGGGUCGGGGUAGGGGUAGGGCUAGAGGUCGUGGUCGAGUUAGCAGUAGGGGUUGCCGUCGUGGUCGAGGUCGAGGUUGGGACUGCAGCUAUGAUCAGCCUUGCGAGGAGAACAUGAUGAUAGAAGUGCAUGUGACUCAAGCAGAAGAUGAAGUGUGCAUGGGAAGUAAGGAAGCAAUGGAAAUGCAAUAUAUAAUGGUAGAACAUGAAGUGACUGAUGAAGAUAUUCAAGGGAAUCAAGGUUCAAUUGAUGUUGCGGGCCAAGUAGACCAAAGUGCUACAGUGAUUGAGAUUGAGCCUGUGGAACAGGAAUAUAGAGUUAAUGAAGAAAUAAUUGAGACCCUGCAACAAGAAAAGGUAGAUAGUGGUGAUGAUAUCUUUAUACCUAGUACUAUUCCCUGGUCAUGUAGGGAAAAACUGAUUAAUGAGCAGGGGAGUGAGAAAGUUAGGACUCAUGAGAGGAGCAUUCACUCAAAGUAUACACCUCCGACUGGGAGCGGACAGGGAAGAUCUUGUAAGAGAGAUAUGCAGAUGAGAGAAAAUGGAAAGACCAUGGAACUGCAGGGGGCAACUCAGAGAGAAGCUCUGAUGGGGGAAGAGAAACGAAAGAACGAGGAACAAAGUCAACUACAAGAAGGCCAGUGUUAUCGCCGCAGCACUGAAGUCUGCCUCAUCAAUGAUGAGAAUAUGGUAAACAUGAUGGAAGAAGAAUUUGGCCAUGUCGGUCGAGUGGAACCACAUGAGAAAGACAUGCUGGACGAGCUAAUUGAAGAAGUGUAUAUGGAAAUCAUGGAAGCAGCAGAAAUACAAGAUGUAACGGUAGAUGAUGAAUCAGCUAGGAGGAAUCUUCAAAGAGUUGAGCAUUUUCAAGUACAAGUAAACCACGAUUCAGUAAGUGUUGAAGGGCAAGCAGAACCAAGCAAUAUGGUGAUCGAUGUUGAGCCUCAGCAACAAGAUAACAUAGUCAGUCAAGAAAACAUUGGAACAGAGCAACAAAAUGUUGGUGGAGAUACUAGUCCUAGACCUCAUGCAACUUCUUGUUGUCAUAAGAAAACGCCAAUCAGUAUGCAGGGGCAGGAGCAGGGGAGCAAAAGAAUUACAGUGCAAAAGAGAAGUAUUCAGUCAAAGCAUACACCUCACACUGGGAGGAGACGGGGUAGACCUCGUAAGAGAGGUCUGCAGAUUGAAGAAACUGGGGAGCUCGUGGAACUACUAGAGGCAACUGCGACAGGAGCUCUGAUGGAGGAAAACAAACUGGACACUGGGGAGCAAAAUCAAUCCAAAGAAAAUAUAAACGAACAGAUUGAAAUACAAGAUCACGCUGAAGGAAUGCAACAUCAUAAAAUCAAUCAGCAAAUCCCAGCUGAUAAAGUGUAUGCAAUAAAUGACGUUGAACCUCAAGAACAAGAAUAUAAAUUCACUGAUGAUCUGAACGAACAGCAGAUACAAGAGAGUUCAUUUGGCAGACCACCUGGAGCUAAGGUGGUUUCGGAACAGAACCAUUUAGAAGGAGACCAAGGUAGUUGCAUUGAAGAGCAAAACCAUGCACAGAUACAGCUGCAUGAGAACAAAGAAGCAAUAGCGGGACUAAUUCUAUUGAACGAAGACAAAGAUGAGAGGGUCAAUCGGCUGAAUCACAAAGCAGGGAUACAGGAUGUUAUCAGUGAGAAGACUUCAAAACAUCAAGCUAGCAUAAGGAGUAAUGUUGACCCGCAAAAUGGAGAAUACCAUGUUGAUGACUACCUCAGGGAACAACAGCUUGGAGGGAAUGAGCAUAGUAGAAACCCUGUUCUAAAGGAGGCGAUCAGGAAACAAGUUCAGCAUCUGGUACUUAGUGAGCCGCAAAAACAAGAAUCUAAUUUGAUUCAGCGUCAAGAUCAACUCAAAGGGGGACAAGGGGAAGUAACUGGAGAAAAAAGCAUUUCUGGAGGAGACUGCCCCUUGAUUGAAGAAGAAACUCAUAUCAAGAAGUCAUUUGAAGUUCUUGAAGAAGAAAAUCUGCAGAUUGAACAACCAGAAGCAAUCAUUGAGCAGAAUCAACCUGAAGAACUACAUUGUAUUUUUUUUUACAGAGACCAAAAAGAGAAUGAUGAGUUCAAACAUUGUGAUCAACUGAGGAAGCUUGAGAAAGAGAACAAUGAAGAGAACUGUCACUCUGGGAAAACACAAGCUGACGAACAUCCUCAUAAACAGCAGAAUGAAGAUCAAAUUAAGCAAACACAAGACAUAACGAGUUCCUUUUCAGAACAGCCAGUGGCAAUAGCUGAACAUGAUCAACCAAUGGAAGAAUCUGAAAGGAUGGGGACAGAGACAUUAAAAGUGGAAGGUAAUGCUGAAAAUGGGCAAAAGGUGAUCCUUUGUUUUGAAGAGACCUCUGGAUCAAUGAUGCAAAACAAACAGAAGAAUAUCUUGGGAAACUUGGAGCAGCAAAAUAGAUGUGGAGACAGGAAAUAUGUUUCAGAGCAUCAAUCAGAUGCGAUAAGUGCAGAGAUGUCCACAGAAGAAAAAUCAGUUGAAGAUUCAUCAAUAGUAGUGUCCAUGCAAAAGCAUAAGCAAACAAUGGAGAAGCCACAGUGUCGACAAUUACGGCCCCGCCCCCCCAAAUUCCAGCCAGAUCAAACAGAAGGGAGAUUUGAUCUUUCAAGCGAAGAGAGGUCUUCAGAAAAUAAUCAGCGGCGUAAACUAAGGCCAAGGCCUUCCAAAACUGAAUCCAUCGGAAUUGCAAAUAGAGCUGGACCUGCUAGGCCUGUGCUUCAGAAGCGGCAGGAACUGAGUGCUCGUAGAAGCUUAAAGCCCUGACUGACUAGGAACUUGAGGAAUGCGUAAAAGUUUGGUGUCCAAGCAUGGUAUUCAUUAUAAUUAAAAGUUCAAUGUUGUGGCAUCCCCAUAAAUUUUCUGGUAACCAUAAAAUUAGAAUAUUGAACCAGUUUUCUAGGUGCAAAUGGCAACCAUUUAAGUUUUCUGGUAAGAGGCGUCAUGGCUACUUGUGGAGGUCAUAUGGGUACAGAUUUGCUUUUGUUCCAGGCAAUGCUUGUGGCUGCAUCGGCAACUUCAUUUCUUAUUCAUCUGAUUCCUAUGUUCUUUUUACUUCUCACUGCUUGUAGAACAUGAAGCAGAUAAAAGAAUGUUAUGGUGAACCCAUCAUAAGGUCUUCUUUCUGUACAUACACAAUUCCCAUCUUAAUUGUGUAUUUAGGUGUGAUGUAGAUAUAAUAAUUGAAUGAAGCAUUUCUGCAGUUAUAUUCUCUGACCGAAAGAGCAAUGGAGAAUACUCCAUAUGUGAUGCUUUCUGUGAUCAAGAUUCUCACUUUUUACAGGCAGGAAAUACCUGUUGUUGACAGUAGGAUAUGCUGGUUGCAUCCAGUACAAUAUCAUCUUUUAGUUUAUUCGCAAUUUACUUAGACAUUAUUUCAGGUAUUUGAAGGAGAAAUCUUAAAUUGUGGAUGUGCACGGUUGUCCUUCAAUUUCUUGUGGACUGCGUAUCUCAUGGCAGUUGGAAAUGCUGUAUCUGCAGGCGUUAUAGAAGAAAUAAAACAAAACCAAAAAUACUUGUUUGUAAUGACGUCCAUCAGAUCAAAUUAGAAGGAUAUGGUAUCCAAUAUGGCAAUCACUGGGGGCCAUCUCUCAAACUCUAUCUCUCUUUACCUUUUGCAAACUGUGUUUGAGUCUCUUGACUUUGAAUAUGUGUGAUAAGCAUUUUACUUGUAACACUGGUUUUAAUAUCCAGAAAAAAGAAUAGCCGUGCUCUUUUCACUCAGAUGGCUCUGAUGCUC